AUGUACGUGCUGAAUUUCCACUACAAGGCCCAGACCGAUCUAUAUAACGAGCUGGUCCGGGAGGAGUGCGCGCGCGUACGGGAGAAUCUGGAGGAUGAUGGGAUCUCGGAUCUGGCCGGCGUGAUCACCGGCACCGGCUAUGUCGAUGAAUAUCCUCAGUGGUAUAGUACCUAUUUGUACUGCCGUCGGCGGGUGGAUGUGGAUGAGAAUAAGGUUAAUACUCCUAAUGCCCCCAAUAUCCAGAAUUGGGGAUGGCGGGUGGUCUUUGUCGAGGCUGAGCCGGCGAGCCCUCUUACUCCUCUAGUACUGUACGGGCGCAAGCCGCGGUUUGACUCGAUCCCUGAGUUUCUGGAUUGGUACUGGACCUGGCCGGACCAUCUGGAUGCGCGGGGCCUGCUGAGUCUUCGACGUCACGCAAAUAGAUGUGAAACUGAUUGUGAAUCAGACUGUGAUAUACACAGCUUUGUACCGGCUCCUUUCCCUCCGGGCUAUGAUGAGAAGGAACGUAUCUAG